CGUAGCUAGCUAGGCAUACAUGGACCUGUCUCUGACCUUCGGCCGCUCGGGAACCGAAGGCAGUGGGGCGGCCGGCCGGGGAGCAUCCAACGGCGGACUAGCCGACUAUGAGGCGCGGCCGCUGUUCCCGUGCCUCUUCUGCGACAGGAAGUUCCUCAAGCCGCAGGCCCUCGGUGGCCACCAGAACGCGCACAGGGAGGAGCGCGCGGCCGGCUGGAACCCCUACCUCUACGGCCGCCGCCCCGAUUACAGUGCCGCCUCGUCUCGCGCCGCCGCCACCAACAACUUCAUCCCUAUCGCCACGCACGGUGGUGGCGGGGGCGCAGCCCCACCGCCACUCCAUGUAGUUCCUGAUGCUGGCCCGCUGACUCCGUCGCUCCACGGCGUGCGAGCAGCAGCCGGCCCGUUGUCCAGGGUCCACGAAGAUGUGCGGAGCAUGCUAAGCUGGGGAAGAUCACCCGCCGCUGAACCGGCGCCGGAGAGCAACACCGGCGUGGAGAUCGACCUGGAGCUGCGUCUCUAGCUGAUUUAGCUACCGACGACAUGCAUCUAGCAGGAUUAUCUU